UUUGUUCUAGGUUUGUUUGCUUCUUCUAGACCUACUUAGGAUUCUUUUUUUGUUCUGGUGUUUAUCUAUGUAGAACAGUAAGAUCAUACUCCAUGAUCAAUCUGAUAAUUCUUAUGGUUAAAUUUUCUAUAUUGCUUGUAGGAAUACGACAGAUUUAAUCCUCGGAGAAGAAACAAAGAAGAUUGCAAGGGAAAUGACUCGGAUCACAACGACUUUUAUAAUUAGUAGCAUACUUGUCAUAUGCAUAUCACCAAUUACAGCUCAAUCUCCACCAUCUCCAACCCCUGAUGUGAAUCUCACUAAUCUCCUCUCUAUUAGUGGCCCCUUCAAUACUCUCCUCACUCUCCUCACUCAAACCAAUGUUAUAGAAACCUUCCAAAACCAAGCCAAGAACACUGAUCAAGGCAUCACCAUCUUCGCCCCGAGUGAUACAGCCUUCUCCAAAAUUGAUAAGUCUUCCCUCUCAAACCUCACCAAGGACCAAGUGAAUUCCCUCCUACUCUACCAUGCAUUCCCAAAAUACUAUACCCUCUCAAAUUUAAGCAACUUGAGUAACUCUAACCCAGUGACCACGCUUGCAGGUGAACAAUAUACUGUGAAUCUUACAGAUGCUAAUGGGCUUAUCCGAGUCAUUUCAGACUGGUCAAACUCUGAGAUCAAUGGCAGUGUCUGCACCGUUGAUCCUAUUGCUCUCUAUGAAGUGAACGAUGUUCUUCUUCCAAAGGCCAUUUUCAAUACUACUCCAGGUCUUACACCUGCUCCAGCUCCAGUCCCAACCCCCGCUCCUCAGUUUGUAAAUCUUACUAAUCUGCUCACAAACACUGGCCCCUACCAAAUUUUUCUCAAUCUUCUUACUCAAACCAAUGUUAUACAAACCUUCCAAAACCAAGCCAACAAAACCAAUCAAGGCAUCACAAUCUUUGCACCUAGUGAUUCAGCCUUCUCCAAAAUUGAUAAGUCUUCCCUCUCAAACCUCACCAAGGAUCAAGUCAAUUCCCUUCUACUCUACCAUGCAUUCCCAAAAUUCUAUUCUAUCUCAAACUUAAGUAACUUGAGUAGCCAUAACCCUGUGACCACGUUUGCAGGUAAGCAAUAUACUCUAAAUCUUACUGAUACAAAUGGGCUUAUCAGAGUCAUUUCAGAUUGGUCAAGCCCCGAGAUCAACAACAAUAUCUACUCAGUUGAUCCUGUUUCUAUCUAUGAAGUGAAUAGUGUUCUUCUUCCAAAGUCCAUUUUCACUACUGCUCCGGUUCAAGCUCCUCAAAUUGUGAAUCUCACUAAUCUCCUCACUAUUACUGGCCCCUUCCAUACUUUCCUCAGUCUUCUUAUUCAAACCAAUGUCAUACAAACAUUCCAAAGCCAAGCCAACAACACUGAUCAAGGCAUCACCAUCUUCGCCCCAAGUGAUUCAGCCUUCUCCAAAAUCGAUAAGUCUUCCCUCUCAAACCUCAGCAAGGACCAAGUGAAUUCACUUCUACUCUACCAUGCAUUCCAAAAAUUCUAUUCCCUCUCAAACUUAAGUAAGUUGAGUAGCCAUAACCCUGUGACCACCAUCGCAGGUAAACAAUAUACCCUAAAUAUUACAGAUACAAAUGGGCUUGUCCGAGUCAUUUCAGACUGGUCAAACCCAGAGAUCAACGGAACUGCCUACUCCACCAAUCCUGUUGCUAUCUAUGAAGUGAAUAGUGUUCUUCUUCCUAAGGCCAUUUUCAAUACUGCUCCAACUCUAGCUCCUCAAUUUGUGAAUCUCACUAAUCUCCUCACUAAUACUGGCCCCUUCCAUAGUUUCCUCAAUCUUCUUAUUCAAACCAAUGUUAUACAAACUUUCCAAAACCAAGCCAACAACACUGAUCAAGGCAUCACCAUCUUCGCUCCGAGUGAUUCAGCCUUCUCUAAAAUUGAUAAGUUUUCCCUCUCAAAACUUUCUAAAGACCAAGUGAAUUCCCUUCUACUAUACCAUGCAUUCCCAAAAUUCUAUUCCCUCUCAGACUUAAGUAACUUGAGUAACCAUAACCCUGUGACCACCAUUGCUGGUAAACAAUAUACCCUAAAUCUUACAGAUACAAAUGGGCUUAUCCGAGUCAUUUCUGACUGGUCAAACCCAGAGAUCAACGGUAGUGUCUACUCCACCAAUCCAGUUGCUCUCUAUGAAGUGAAUAGUGUUCUUUUUCCGAAGGCCAUUUUUACUACUGCUCCAACUCUUACACCUGCUCCAACUCCAGCUCCUGAAAUAGCCCCAAAUUCAGAUUUGUCACCUGCAGGCCAACAACCAGAAAACAAUAAUUCAUCUUCCAGUGUUUUUGCAGCAAGUACCUUUGCCUAUAUACUUACGGUAUUGUUGGGUCUUAUGAUGCUUUGAGCUAUGCUUU